GAAGCAGUCAAGGUUCCUGUCUUCGGCUUUCUUUGUUGUUAACACGCUUCGCGUCGUAUUCGCGUAAGUUUUUGCCGGAGUGACGCAACUGCAGGCGCGUAUCGUAGAGGCCACACUCCAAUCCCAUCACUUUUGACUCCUCUCAAGCUUCGUAUCCACCACCGCCACCACCACCACCGAGACGAUCUCCUCCUCCAUCACCGUAUCAGUUGAGAUCGCGCGCGCGCGUGCCUCUGUUUAAUAACCGGCAACUUAACCCCUUAACGUCUCGAGAAGGUCCAUCUAGCGACAUCUAGUUGACCUCCGUGUUGUGGAGAGGUUGGUGGUGGUGGUUAGCCUUUUUGGCCACGUUCCCGCUUCACCAGGAGCCUACAUAGAGCGGCGCUUGUGAAGCUGUCCCACAGACUCAUCCCCCAUCAGCUCAUGAGCAGCGGCGGCGGCAGCAGCAGCGGCGGGAGUACUGCUCAGCGCGCCGCAAGAAGAGUAUGGUAAUACAUGAACGCCGCUGACGGUAGGAUAUGGCAGAUAAGCGAAAGCUACAAGCGGAGAUUGAUCGCUGCCUCAAGAAAGUGAGCGAAGGCGUCGAGAUUUUUGAGGACAUCUGGCAAAAGCACGAUCGCCUUUUCCAGGUGCAUAAUGCAGCCAACAUCAACCAGAAGGAAAAGUAUGAGGCUGAUCUUAAAAAGGAAAUCAAGAAGCUUCAGAGGCUUCGAGACCAGAUCAAAACAUGGCUCACUUCCAACGACAUCAAGGACAAAAGGCAGCUAAUAGAAAACCGCAAGCUGAUAGAGCUGCAAAUGGAGAGAUUCAAGGUGGUUGAGCGCGAGACGAAAACCAAGGCCUACUCCAAGGAGGGGCUGGGCUCCGCGGUCAAGGUCGACCCGGCGCAGAAGGAGCGCGAGGAGAUCAGCCAGUGGCUCACGAACACCAUCGACAACCUAAACAUGCAGGUGGACCAAUUUGAGAGCGAAGUGGAGUCGUUGUCGAUAGUGUCCAAGAAGAAGAAGAGUGAAAAGGAGAAGGCCGACCGCGUGGAGGUUCUCAAGCGGCAGCUGGAGCGGCACCGCUGGCACGUGGGCAAGCUAGAGACGCUGCUCCGCAUGCUGGACAACCAGACGGUGGAGGUGGACGCCAUCCGCAAGAUCCGCGACGACGUCGAGUACUACGCGGACUCGUCGCAGGACCCGGACUUCGAGGAGAACGAGUUCAUCUACGACGACAUCAACAUGGACGAAAUUGGCCUGGCUGCGGUUCUGGCCACCUCUCCAGUCAGCAACAGCCUCAACGACGACGAAGUUUUUAACCAAUCAAGCAGCACUCCGACCUCCACCACGUCAUGUUCGCCCGUGCCCAUCCCGAACGAGAACCACGAAAACCACCACCAGGACAAGAGGAGGAGCAAGUCGACGGACAGCGAGUCAAUGCAGUCUCCUGCGAAGGCGCUGUUAACGAAAGCGCACCACGGGACCGUAGGGACGCCAGUCUCGCCCAUCAUCCAGAAUACAUCGGGGCGGACUCUCAGCAAAUCGGAGAGCAGCGCGGGUGGCAGCGGCGGAAGUGGCGGUGGUAGCGGCAGUAACAGCAAAGCAGGCACCAGCAAACCAUCCGCGACGAGUCUAGCGUCAUCGCAGGCGCCGUCAGGUCCCGCGUACUCCGCCGCCGUUUCGGGCGUGACGCCGACAACCGGCGCGAGCGGGGGUGCGAGCGGCCUGGCCGCGGGGUCGUCCGCGGGGUCGGCAGGGGUGGCGCCGCCGGCGCUGUCUUCGUCGUCGACGUCCGGCACGACGGUCGGCGCCAGCUCGGUGUGGAGCCCCAGCGCCAACGGCCCCGGCGGCGGCGCCGGCAGCAGCGCCAGCGUGUGGAAUUUGUCGGGGCACGGCGUGGUGGGCGGCAGCGGCGUUUGGAACCCGACCAGCACGAGCACCGGCGUGUGGGCGCUGAACGGCGUCGCGGGUGGCGCGACCUCGGCUGGCGGCGGCAGCAGCAGCAGCAGCACCAGCAGCUUAGCGGGCGGCCUGGGGGGCAGCGGCGGCGGCGGCGGCGCGGUGGGCAGCGCGCCGUUGUCGCUGGCGCCGGGAGCAGGCAACGCGGCUCAACCGAGGCCGGGCUCGGCGAACCAGGCGGCGUCCGCGGCAGCAACUGCAGCGGCCGCGGCAGCGGCGAGCAGGCAGCUCAACGGUGCCAACAGCUACAGCUCCGUGGUGGCAGAGUCCCGGGAAGACUCGCCGCAGGUCGUCAACUCGGACUCGCCGAGCAGCCAGCCCAACAUCGCCCCCUCGCCUCCCCUCUUAAAGGAGACGCCGGACGCCAUCGCGGCUCCCCCUCCCGCGAGCCCCGGGCCGUCGGCAGCGGCGGCGUCGGUGGCGCAGGCCAGCGUCCCGUUGACCUUGGCGAGCCCCGACCUGGCGGAAGCCAAGGCGAGCUCGGAGAUGCGGAACGGGCCCCAGAGUUACGGGGCAAGCCCCUCACCCGACCAUAUCACCAAGGACUCGCUGAGCUCACUGAAGAGCAUGGCGGAGAAGGCUGCAGCGGAGGCCGGACUCGAGGGGCAAAUGCAGUCGCUCCACCUCACGGACAGAGACCUGUUUGUGGGCCCGGGCCGCCCUCCCAGCCCCGUCACAAAAGAGGCCCACGUGCAGCCGUUGCUGGGCGUGUGCCCGCUGGGUGCCACUCCGCUCGGCAAGGAUAACGUGUACCAGCAGGGCAUGCUGGAGGCCUCUUGGAGGCACAUGCCACAUCCGUCCGACGCCGAGAGGCUCAGGCACUACCUUCCCCGGAACCCGUGCCCGACCCCAUCGUACCACCACCGCGUGCCACCCACCCACUCGGACACGCUCGAGUUUUACCAGCGACUUUCCACGGAGACACUCUUCUUCAUCUUCUACUACCUGGAGGGCACCAAGGCGCAGUACCUUGCGGCCAAGGCCCUGAAGAAGCAGUCAUGGAGGUUCCACACCAAGUACAUGAUGUGGUUCCAGCGGCACGAGGAGCCCAAGACCAUCACGGACGAGUACGAGCAGCCGUGCGGUUUGAACGUUCACGCGUGCCAAUCGGGAACAUAUAUCUACUUUGACUACGAGAAGUGGGGCCAGCGCAAGAAGGAAGGGUUUACAUUCGAGUACCGGUACCUGGAGGACAGGGACCUGCAAUGAGGAAGAGGAGGCAGCGGUGGAGAAAGAAGGCGUGGGUGGGUGGGUGGGGGGUGGUGGUGGGCGGUGGACGGUGCAGAAGGAGGGCGACUUCUUUUCUCACCCGGUUCCCCCCCGCCCCCCUCCCCCCCUCCCCCCCCCCUCGGGUGGACUUGCAGGGGGACCACAAACACUCGCUCGCCCGCCUACAUACACACACACACACACGCACUCACGCGCACACACACACACGGGAGCCGGCACUCGACAAAGCCAGCAUCGGAUUCCUCUGGCUGUGGAUUCCCCCCACACGCGCAGAGCACAGGGAUUCCGUGCCGAGGAUACCGAGCUUUGUUUUGUAUAUUAUGUACUCUUUUGCUUUUUAAAAAAGAGAAAAAAUUGUGCACAUAAUAAUGUAUGGGAGGCGUGACUCCUGUGAUGUGUACAUUGCUGAGAACACGAAUGCAAGUAUUUAGAUCUUGUAAGAAAUAAUAAACUGUUUGUUCCUUUUGCAAC